GGGGCAGCAAGAGCUGCUCCGGUUGCUCGCGGCGGCUGUUGAGGAAGAUGGAGGCGGUGGCGAGGGAGCAGCGGCUGAUGCUGCUCCGGAGCAGAGUGAUGGUGCUGCAGGCGUUUGUCAGGGGUCACCUCGUCAGGAAGAGGUUUCAAAGCUUAAAAGGGGAGUAUGAGAGCAUUGUAAAGGAGGUUGAAGGGAAUCUGGAUUGUCUGCAGUGGAACAGACAUUCUCUACCAAGACCUGUUUUUAUCCCAAAGUCUGUCCAAAAACUGUUAAAAUUUAAGGAAUUAAAGGACCAAGAGGCGGGCUCCAACAAGACCAUGACACAGGAAAGGUUUUGUCAGGAGGAGUUGCUGUCUGAAGAAGAGUGUCGUGAAAUGCUGCUUCCAAGCCGGCUUCCAGCUGAGCUGGUGGCAGAAGGUGAAGCUGGUGACAUGAGGCAGAAAGUAGAGCAUCUCAUGGACCAUCCCUCUGGGAAUCCCUGCAGCCUGCCAGUACAGAGGGAGGAUCCCAGCAAUGUAUCCUCUGAAUGGAGCAGCACAAUCCUGGACACGGAGUCUGCUAGGCUGAGCCAGGAGCUUCCAUUCCGAAAAGUACAAGAAAUGCCGCAGACUGUAUCUGAUCUCCAGCACUACCGAAAGCACCUGGCCAUGGAGCUGCUGUGGCUACAACAAGCUAUUGUCAGCCGUAAGAAUUACUUGAUCCUGAAACAGAGGUUUGGGAGCUCAGAGGGACUGCCAGCCUGAGGGUAUACGGCCUAUGGGCCUGUGUACACAAAAUUGGAAGCGCACGUUCUUCCCAGCCAGCAGUGGAAAGAAAACCUUGGGCUGCAGGCAAGGGCUUGUUCCUUCAAGUUAGCCACUCUGCAUGGAUCCUGACUGAGCUCAGCUUUGAGGCUUGUGAAAGCAACAGUGAAGACUGAAGAUUUGCCAGUUGCAAAGAUUUGCCUGUUGCAAGUGUGCUUUUGAAACAAGAACAGUGUUCAUUGUGGAAGGCUCAGGUUCUGUUCUGCAGACUCUGCUUGUGAUGGAGUAAAAUCCGAGCUUAAAGACUUUGCAUGCAUGGCUUUAGCAGCCUUUGCAGAGCUAGCUGGUAUCACAGCCUUCCCCAACUGCUGCUCUCUCUAUUUGUCUUGGAUUGCAACUCCCAUAAUUCCCAGCCAGCAUAGCUAUUGGCCAUGAAGAUCCUGUUUUUAAGAAAACUUCUAAUAAUUAAACUAGCAUAACAAUAAUAUUCCAUUGGAUAUCUAAUCAGGAUUGGGCUUGCUAUCUUCAGUCAUUUCAGGGGGGUUUUUCAUUGAUUUUUUUCCUGCAAAUUUAACAAAUUUGGGGGCUGCAAAGCAAAGAUAGAAAUGUCUUAAAUAAAAUAUGAGUACUA